AUGAGUCGCGGUGUGGUCUCGGCGACAGGGUUGGUGACGAGGAAGGCGGGGGGUGCGCGGGCAAGGGCGAGGGCAGGGUCGGUGGCGAGGAAGGCAGCGGGUGCGCGGGCCGCGGUCUCAGCAGGGUUGGUGGCGAGGAAGGCAGUGGGGUGCGCAGGCAAGGGCGAGGGCAGGGUCGGUGGCGAGGAAGGCGGCGGGUGCGCGGGCGAGGGCGAGGGCAUAAGGAAGGCUGGGGGUGCACGGGCGAGGGCGAGGGCAGGGUCGGUGACGAGGAAGGCGGGGGAUAUUAAUCAAAACNGCCCCUCGAAGCAGUCCUACCGGAUCCUCACGUCGUCGGCGUCCUCGCCGCCGCCGCUCCCCGAUAUCCUGCGGCGGCGCGGCCGCGCCGGGAUCGUCUCCGGGCUCGAUUUCCGGCAGCUGAACGCCACCGGGCGCGGCGGCCCCUUCUCGGAGCUCCACAGGGCGGCGCGGGACGCGUGGGAGGUGGGGCGGAAGCUCUUCGAGGAGCUGCGGGCCUCCCCGCUGCCGUCCCCCGCCUCGGCGGCGGCGUUGUCGAAUCGGACGGAGGAGGAGAAGUGCCCCCACUCGAUCAUCAUGACCGGGGCGGAGUUUCGGGAGCGGGGGAGGCUGAUGGUGCUCCCCUGCGGCCUCACCCUCGGCUCCCACCUCACGCUCGUGGCGAAACCCUACCCGGCGCACCCCGAAUACGACCCCAAGAUCACGAUUUUGAAGGAAGGGGAUCAGGCGAUCAUGGUUUCGCAGUUCAUGAUGGAGCUGCAAGGGCUCAAGACGGUCGACGGCGAGGAUCCGCCCAGGAUCCUCCACUUCAACCCCCGGUUGAAGGGCGAUUGGAGCGGCAAGCCGGUGAUCGAGCAGAACACUUGCUACCGCAUGCAGUGGGGCUCCGCCCUCCGCUGCGAGGGUUGGAAAUCCAGAGCUGAUGAAGAGACUAUUGAUGGGCUAGUUAAGUGUGAGAAAUGGAUUCGGGAUGAUGACGACCGGUCGGAGGAGUCGAAGACGACGUGGUGGUUGAACCGUUUGAUCGGUCGGACGAAGAAGGUUUCUAUCGAUUGGCCGUAUCCUUUCGUCGAAGACAAACUUUUUGUUCUCACUCUAAGUGCUGGCUUGGAAGGUUACCAUGUCAAUGUCGACGGAAGGCAUGUCACUUCUUUCCCUUACCGCACGGGAUUUAUUCUUGAGGAUGCUACUGGUUUGUCGUUGAAUGGGGACCUUGAAAUCCAGUCGAUAUUUGCCGGCUCUUUGCCCACAUCACAUCCUAGCUUCGCUCCGCAAAGGCAUUUAGAGAUGUCCACGGAAUGGAAGGCCCCACCUAUUCCUGAUGGACCUGUUGAGUUGUUCAUUGGCAUAUUAUCGGCGGGCAACCACUUUGCAGAACGUAUGGCUGUCAGGAAGUCGUGGAUGUCAGCUGUUAGAAAAUCAUCCAAUAUUGUGGCUCGUUUUUUUGUUGCCCUGCAUGGACGAAAGGAAGUGAAUGCGGAGUUGAAGAAAGAGGCAGCGUUUUUUGGUGAUAUUGUUAUCGUGCCUUUUCUGGAUAGCUACGAUCUUGUUGUUCUGAAGACUGUUGCCAUUUGCGAGUAUGGGGUUCGUGCAGUUUCUGCGCAGUAUGUGAUGAAGUGUGAUGAUGAUACCUUUGUUAGGCUUGGUGCAGUGUUGGCUGAAGUCAGGAAAAUACCAAAUGAUAAAAGCUUGUAUGUGGGAAACAUGAAUUACUACCACAAACCAUUGCGAGAAGGGAAAUGGGCAGUCACGUAUGAGGAAUGGCCGGAAGAAGAUUAUCCACCCUAUGCAAAUGGUCCUGGCUAUGUUGUAUCCUCUGACAUCGCACACUUCAUUGUAUCGGAAUUUGAGAAACAUAAAUUAAGACUGUUUAAGAUGGAAGAUGUGAGCAUGGGCAUGUGGGUGGAGCAGUUCAACAGCUCGAGAGCCGUGGAGUACGUCCACAGCAUCAAGUUUUGCCAAUUCGGCUGCAUAGAUGAUUACUACACCGCGCACUACCAAUCCCCGAGGCAGAUGAUGUGCAUGUGGGAUAAGUUGCAGGCUGGGAGACCUCAGUGCUGCAAUAUGAGAUGAUAUCAAAGGGGGCAGCGGCACAAAUUGACUAGUUUUUUUUUUUUUUUUUUCUUUUUUUAAAAAACUUUUCCAGCUUUAGCAGCCGUGUACAUUUAAUGGUGCCAUCAAGAUUCAUUCAUUAAUUUUCUUUUCUUUUUUUUUUUUUUUCUUUUUUUCCCUUCUCUCUCUCUCUCUCUCUCUCUCUCUCUCUCUUUUUAUUUUUGGUUGGGUUCUUGGGAAACAGGAUAGGUGGGCUGGUGGGCUGGUGAAGGAAUUUUCUCUCUCUCUCUCUCUCUCUCUCUCUAUAGAAUGUAGAAGAGCAAAGAGAAUCUCUCUUUCUCUCUCUUUGGUGCUUUUAACUGAGAUUCUGAUGGUUGUUGUGAUGGUUAGGAACAACCCAUCAGAUCAGGUUUAGAAGGGCAGUAUAGAUACUCUUUUCUCAGAAAUUUUGUAAUGCAAUGCUUCGGUUCUAUAGGUUAUAAAAUGAAUAGCUUGGUUUUAUGGUUU